UAAGAACAAAGUUUUGAGUUCUUGUUUUUUUUUUAUAUAUUUGCAGUUUAUACAUCUAGAAAAUAGUAGAAAUAAACCGAAUGGAGAAAGACAGACCGUUAAUAGUAUACCCAAUUCAAGAGCAGAUAAUAGUGCGAAAGAAGCAAAACAAGCAACGAAAACGAAAAUCUUUGUACCUGUGUUUAUUCGUCAUUAAUGUUUUGACAGUUGUUGUGUUACUUAACAUUUACAAAUCUAACCAGUACCUGAACGAACUUACAAAAAUGACAGAAAACUUAAAGACUGAUGUGGACCACCUCCGGAAUUUUCAUCUGCUAUUACUGAAUAAACUCCGAGCACAGGACAAACACCAUCAUUUACUGGAUUUUACUGACACAAAUCGGUUGUAUCGAAAGUUGAAACAUAUGACAUACAAGGAGUUGACUGAAUGGAGAAGGGAAGACCGAUCAUAGUGUUCCCAGUUCAAGAGCAGACGAUAGUGCGCGAGAAGCAAACCAAAGGACGAAAGCGAAAAUCUGUUUACCUCUGUUUAUUCAUCAUUAAUAUUUUGUCAGUUGUUGUGUUACUAAAUAUCUACAAAUCUAACCAGUACCUGAACGAACUAACUAUAAUGACUGAAAACUUCAAGACUGAUGUAGAUCACCUCCGAAAUCUUCAUCAGCUAAUACUGAAUAAACUCCGAGCACAGGACAAACAUCAUGUAUUGGGGGACACAUUGAACAACAUGAAUUUUACCGACACAAAUCGUUUAUAUCGGAAAGCAAACAAAUGACAUUGGUGCCAUCAUAAUUUAAAGUAUAUAGUUAAGUUGCUUUAAGUUUGUCUUUUUUUCUAUAUCAUUAAGCUAAGCAUUUCCAAACAGAGGGAUGACUUUUAUAUUUCAAGGAUGCUCGUGUCAUUUUAAUAACAUCUCAUCUGUUUUUGCUUAUCAAUGCCUAUUAGUAUA